UUUUUUUUUUUUUUUUUUUACUUUUAGAAGAAGCCAGCCGUUAAAAAAUGACAAAAACAUCGAUAUGACGAAAACUGAUGUCAGCAAAUGACAAAAUGAUAGAGUUUUGUCAUUUCUGUAAAUUUUGCGACAUUAUUUAUAAAAAUCAUUUUAUUGGCUGGAAAUCUGGGAGUGCCCCGGGAUUAUUUUUUUUUCUUCUACCCUUCAGCUCCUGGAAGGAAUUUAAACUACAAAACAAGGAUAAUCAAACAGUUUCUUGAUUGAUUGCUACAAUAGUAUAGACAAGGACAGAUUAUCAUAUACAAUGCUCGCACGUCAAGGACUCGGUUUGUUAAGACAACCAAUUACUUCUUCUCUUUUAUCCCAUUCAAUCAAAUUAUCAUCCACUAGAUUAGUGUUAAAUAGAUCAAUUUCAACUAUUAAAGCAAGUCAUGAAAAGGAACAAGAAUUAUUAAUUGCACAACGUAAAAACAGACCAGAAUCUCCUCAUUUAACUAUAUACCAACCUCAAUUAACUUGGAUAUUAUCCAGUUUCCAUAGAAUCACUGGGGUUGCCUUGGCUGGUAUGUUUUAUGCUUUAACUUGUACUUAUGCUGCUACUUCAAUCUUAGGUAUAUCAUUCGAUUCUGCUAGUAUUGUCGGUGCUUUUGCUACUUUACCAUUCAUUAUUAAAUUAGGUGCUAAGGCUGCUGGUGCUUACCCAUUUGCUUUCCAUAUCUUCAAUGGUGUUAGACAUCUUGUUUGGGAUUUCGGUCUGCAAUUAACUAUCCCAGGUGUUUACACUACUGGUUACAUUGUCUUAGCUGCUACUGGUUUAUUAGGUACUUACUUAGCUUUCUUUUAAGUUAACUGGUUAAUUUCUUUCCAUAUCCCAUUUAUCAGCAUCUAUCUUUAAUUCAAUUUGCCAUAGCAAAUCACCUACAUUUUCAUCAAUCAUCAUUUUAUUUAUAUUUAUUUAUAUAUUCUCUCAUUUUAGUUUAUGUUUAUGAUCGUUAAUAAACAAAUCUUCAAAUCAUAAUUAU